AUGUCUUCUAUCCUCCAGGCCGAUGUUUAUGUGUCUUCUAGGCUCCCCUUGGCUAUUCAGCGAGCUGGGGAGUCAAGUCAAUUUUCACCUAUCAGUUGUACCUUAAUCCAUGGCAUCUCUGAAGCUGUACUGGUAGAUACACCAAUCUCGAUUUCUCAAACCGAGGAUCUUGUACGAUGGAUCAAAGAAUCGGCCCCCCAGAAAGACCUUCGAUAUGUUUAUAUCACUCACGGCCACGGUGAUCACUGGUUUGGAAUAUCCGUCCUACGCAAGCAUUGGCCAUCCUUACGUGCUGUUGCUACUCCUGGUACCGUCGAAAGCAUGCAUGAUCAACUCAAACCGGAUAUCCUUGACGGCAUAUGGCGGACUUUAUUUCCUGGUGAUCAGAUUCCAUUGAACCCGGAGCUUGCUGAAGCACUGGAAUCGCCUAUAUUCCACCUAGAGGGCCAUGAAUUCCGUGCAGUCGAGGUUGGACACACAGAUACCUAUAACACGACAGUACUUUACGUGCCUAGUAUAAAACUCGUGGUGGCAGGGGAUGCGGUUUAUGGAGAUGUUCACCAGUUCUUCGGAGAAGCAAAUACGACAGAAAAGAGACAGGAGUGGCUUCGUGCGCUGGAUACGAUUGAGUCUCUUCAGCCUCAUACCGUCAUCGCAGGUCAUAAGCAGGCAGGGACCGUGGAUGGAAUGUUUAAUCUUCAGAAGACUCGGAAGUAUAUCUUGGAUUUCGAGCUGGCGAUUCAAACCUGUUCAAAUUGGGAAGAGCUUUGGUCGAAGAUGCAGACCCUCUAUCCGAAUCGUAUAAACCCCCACGCAAUUCUCAGGGGGCAAUAG